AGGAACGAACAGACUCGUCUCUGACUCGAAGCUCGGUAGGUGAUGACUGAUGACAACAUACGCGUACAACCAGGGUCGUCGUGGUCGCCGUCGUCGUGUUACCUGGAAGGAUCACCCGCGCCUUCACCUGCUGCCUGGUGUCUGUUGCCCGCCCGUCUAUAAAUGUUUGCUGCUGCAGUUGCUCCUCCAUCACAAGCCAGCUGCCGGCUGCACCUGCACAGCGCAUCGAACCCAUCGGCACCCGGCGCGACGGCCAUCGUCCCGUCCGUUCAUUCCCUACUGCUCAGACCUGUCGUUCGCCACAACAUCUGCUGGUCCUAAUCCCCAGCGGCAGCGCGAUGAAGCAAAAGAUCGUGAUCAAGGUGUGCAUGCCAUGCGACAAGUGCCGGUCCAAGGCCAUGGGGCUGGCCGCCAAAGCAGGGGCGAACAAGAUGGGGAUCACCGGCGACGGCAGGGACCAGCUGGAGGUGGAGGGCGACGACAUCGACACCGUCUGCCUCGUCAACUGCCUGCGCAAGAAGGUCGGCCGCGCCGACAUCGUCAAGGUGGAGGAGGUGAAGCCCGCGGAGAAGAAGCCGCCCGAGGAGAAGGAGAAGGAGAAGCCCGCCGAGGCCGUGCCGCUGCCCUACUGCUGGUACCCCAAUCCCAAUUACUACCACUACUACCACUACCAGUGGUAGCUAGCGGUGCUGGUGACCAGCUAAGUUGUUCAUGCUUGUUAGUAACAACCGUUUUGAAGGAUUGGUAGCUGCCCAUUCAGUUUCAGUCGCCCUAAUAGAAACUGUUCUGCUGUGGCCUCAUCAGUAAUUGUAUUUGCAACUAUUUUUCGGCAGAGGAUAGUGUUCUAGCCGUUUGCAACUAUCAUGAUUAAGCUAAAACGUAAAGAAUGUUCAAUACCUAAAUUAUGACCUCA